GGAAUAGAGGCCGCGAGCGCAACAGUUCCGCAGCCCUCCACUCGGAUUCUUGCUUCCCAGACGACCUCCAGGCUGAUCCUGACCAGGCCUGGCCGCGCAGGUUGGUGGGCAAGGUACCGAGAAUACUGCCGUCCCCAGACCAGCGAGCGGCGAUGCUGGUUGCCGCACUCGAUGCCGGGUGUGGAGGUGGACGAGCUGGACGGUGAGAUAUAAAGCCUGCUGGCGACGCCCUCGGGCCUGCUGCUGCCACUCGACGUCGCUUUCCUCCUCAUCGCCACUGACCCUUCGUCCGCUCGUGACCUGAAGGACGUGUUCUGUAUAUCUGCCCAGCUUACCCCGCGACCCGCAUCGGCUACACAGACGUGCAACAAUGGCGCACAGAUUCGACCCGACCUUCACCCAGCGCGUGAUUGAUGCCAUCGGCCCAAAUGCGACGCCCAGGAACCGGGUGAUCUUCACCUCGCUGUUCAGGCACUUGCACGACUUUGCUCGCGAGGUCGAGCUCACCAUCCCAGAAUGGGAGGCCGGCAUGCAGUUCUUGGACGACGUUGGACACAUGUAUUUCACCAGCAACAAGACGAGGCACGAGAUGCACCGUCUGUCCGAUAUCACCGGUCUUGAAUCCCUCGUCGACGAGAUCGCCCACAAGCACGCUUCGGAGUCGGGCGCGCCCACGUCAUCCUCCAUUCUCGGACCGUUCUGGUCUCCCAACGCGCCAUUCCGCGAAUGCGGCGACACAAUCGUGCGCGACCCCGCACCGGGCGGCCUGGUGACGCUCAUGCACGGCAAAGUCAUCGACCUCGAGACGAAGAAGGGCAUUCCAAACGCCGUCGUCGACAUCUGGCAGGCGUCGUCGAACGGCAAGUACGACUUCCAAGACCCGGAGAACCAGUCGCCAAACAACCUGCGCGGCAAGUUCCGAACGAACGAGAACGGCGAGUACCACUUCUACUGCCUGCGGCCGACGGCGUACAGCCUGCCAACCGACGGUCCGUCCUGGAAGCUGCUUCAGAUGCUCGACAGACACCCGAUGAGACCGGCCCACAUCCACCUCAUGGUCACCGCCGACAACUACAAGACCUGCGUCACCCAGAUCUUCCCGUCGGAUGACCCAUGGCUGAAGACGGACACCGUCUUCGCCGUCAAGGACGAUCUCGUCGUCGACUUCAAGCCGAGCACAGACCCGAAGGCUGACCGAGAUCUCGAGCUCAACAUCACGCUUGCGCCAAAGCCGAUUGCCGGCGACUCUGGCCCGGCUCCAACUGGCAAGUUAUGAACAUGUAAAGUACAGAAUCUUUUGUCUAGGAUGGGAAAGCGGUCUUCUUUUUUGAAAUGAGUGAGUGCAUUUGGGGCGCAUGUGCGGGGAUCCAAAAUGAUACCGCAAAUUGUUUCUUCCCAAGUUUAGCGAGAUGAAUGAAUCAAAAAUAAAGAUUCUGAAGAGAUCCCAAAAAAGAAAACGAACUCUGCGCUCUUCUCGA